UAUUUAAAACACCGCUUAUUUACUAAAUUAGCCUACCAUGAAGCCCAGCUUUGGGCCAAGGGUCACACUCUCUCAGCCUCAGGGGAAGGCGUUGGCAAACCCCCUCGGAACAAAUAUAGCCAAGGAAACCCCGCCAUAGCCUCCAUUUAGGGUCACUUAUGACUGGGAGAGGAAGGAAGGCACACAACCACAACCACCACAACAAUAACCAUGGAUGGCGAUGGACUCGGAGAGCAGUGGAGUCUCCUUCCUCGGAGGUCUUUUUUAAACAGAGGCUGCCAAUGGGGAUGCUCUGAUGGAGAGUUCCUGCAUGGAAGAAGAAAGGGGCUGCACUGGAUCCGGGCCCCUUUUGGGGGGGUCUCUUUCGAGGGGAAUUUCUGAGAGAGAGUUGCAUUGCAGAGACUGUCUGGGGAUUCUGGGAAUUGUAGUCCAAUUCUAUUGUGGGAAGUCCACAAUAGUUCUGAGGGGCUUUGGAGACCCGGAAGCGCCUCGUGGCGGCAUCCUCUACAUUUUUCCUAUCUCUGCGGCCGCCGGCGCCAUUUUGUCGUCUCCAUGGAAACGCGGCCUAGCGGACACGCCGAAGCCUGACUUGCAGUGAAAUACAAGGCCUAGGUUCGGGGAUGGCGGAGGCGGCGGGGCUUUGGAACCAGGACACCGGCCUGGCCGUCUACCGAUCCCGGGACCCCGUCGGGAACCUCCGCGUCAGGGUGGGCCUCCGUCGGGUGACCUCCUCCAGCCUCUUCCUCCAUCAGCUCCAGGCACCCUCCGGCCAGCAACCCAUCAGCCUGGCCACCCUCGGCACCCAAAACGCGGCUGCAGGUGGCCAUUGUCCGGAGGAGGAGAAAGAAGAGGCAAUGGUCGGCUGGCAGGAGAAGCUCUUCAGCCAGUUUGAGGUGGACCUCUACCAGAACGAGUCUGCCUGCCAGACCCCCCUCGACCGCCAGUACCACCAAGACGUCCUGAAGCUGGAAGGGUCUGGCGGAAGGAAGAACAGACGCAUCUUCACCUACACGGAUCACGACCGCUUCACCAACCUGGAAGAGCACGGCCAGAGAGUGACCACAUCUGCUGACGAAACGCCGUCCUACUUGGCCGAGCGCAUGGCCAACGUGAGGAGGAGGCGGCAGGAGCGCAGGCCCAUGGAAGGAACUGGCCUGAAGUCCCGAAUCAUCACCUGGGAGCCGUCGGAGGAAUUCAUCAAGAACAACCACGUCCUCAACACCCCUGUCCAGACCAUGUACAUCAUGGGGGACUUGGGACCCUCGGGCAAGCUCGGCUGUCGGGAAUAUGAGCACGUCCUCUGCACCAUCAAGGUGGACAGCAAUGGUGUCAUCACUGUCAAGCCAGAUUUCACUGGCACAAAAGGGCCGUACAGGAUCGAGUUGGAAGGAGAGAAGCGGGAAGUGUGGAGCUUCACCCUGGAGAAUGCCUCGCCCCAGGUGGAGGAAGAGGAGGCGGCCCGGGAGCAGCGUGUCUUCAAGGAUUUGUACAGUCGUCACAAGGAGUAUCUCAGCGGACUUGUGGGCUCUGACUUUGAGAUGACUCUUCCUGGUGCUCUCCGACUCUUUGUGAAUGGUGAAAUUGUAUCUGCUCAAGGCUAUGAGUAUGACAACCUCUACGUCCACUUCUUCAUGGAGCUCCCCAGCUGCUGGUCCUGUCCUCCAUCCCAGCCCCUCUCCGGAGUGACUCAGACCUGCGCUACCAAGACGUGUGGCAGGGAACGGGUGGCUUUCUUCUCCUUCCCUUUCACCCUGGAGGUUUUCUUCAGCCAAGAAGAUGAGUUGGAAGGGCCUCUUCCCCAGUGGCCAGUCCUGUACUUUGAGGUUCUCUCCUUGGAUUUCUGGCAGAGGUAUCGUGUCGAAGGCUAUGGCUUUGUUGUCCUGCCAGCCACGCCAGGGCUUCAUACCUUGACUGUUCCCACUUGGCGUCCUGUGGAGCUUGGCACUUUCUCAGAGCUGCAGCGGUUUUUCAUUGGAGGUUCGCCUGAGCUGGAGGAUCUGACCUACACCAGGGUGCCCAGCACCUUCACGGGCGACCGCCUCAGCCGCUUUGGUUUCCGCACGAAGACGACGGGCAGUGUCACCUUCCGCCUGAACUGCCUGCAGCAGUCCAAGGCCUUCCUGGAAUCCAGCUCCAUGAGGAAACGCAUGCGGAGCGUCCUGGACCGGCUGGGCGGCUUUGGUCAGCACGGCUCCCUCUACAAUGUCCUGGAGGCCUUCCAGCGCGCCCGGCGCCGGAUGCAAGAGGCCCGAGAGAGCCUUCCCCAGGACCUGAUCCGCACCUCGGCCUCCUCCACUGCCCACCUGGCAGGAGGGGAGUCCUGAACUACCAGAAGAAUCCUCCCUUGGGCUUUCCUUGGUGGACGACUGGACCUUCAGGCUGCCCCUCCACCUUCUCAAGCUCAUCUCCACUUAACCUUCUCACCAAGCGAAGUCUUGACUUGGAUUCGCUGUGUGGCUGAUUUGGAGCUGGAUCUGAAGAUGGACAUUGUUCUUCAUUUUCCUCAGUAAGCAAGGAGGAAGCCUUUCACCUUUUGAGGGGCUUCAGGAUUGGUGCCACAUCUACAAAAGGCAGGGUGCUGCAUCCCAGUGCCCUCUCUUCUCUUACAGAGCCAGAAAGGAUCAUUGAACAAGAGCAUGAAUUUCCCAAGACUGCAGCAGAAAGCUCUCUUCAAUACCAGGAGCCCACGGAAGUGCCUUGGAUCUGCCAGGUGGCAGAGGCCUGUGUGUCCUCUUAAGGAGCAGGGCCCACAGCCAAGCAUUGCACCAGCCGAGAUCCACAUCUCUCUCCCUCCAUUUGAGGGCUCCUUCUAAAGCCAUGGUUGACUUUCUGCACUGGGCAUGAGGAAAGACACUUUUUUGGACUGCAGCUCCCAGAAUCUCCCAGCCAAUCUGGGUGUUGGCAUCCAAAAAGUAUGAUAGAAGACUGUUUUCAGGUUCUGGAGAUCUACCGAAGUCCAAACCUAAGAUGCUCUCAGAUGAAUCCAAAUGUCCCUCUUUGGGCAAGGCCCCUUUGGGUUUGGGCUGAUUCUAAGAGAGAAGGCAGAGAGUGUCUGGGGGAGAGUUACAUUUUGUUCUCCUUCUCUCUUUCUGUAUAAUGUUUUUAAAACAAUAUGGUUCAGGGCACAGGACAGAGUAGGUCCUAAAAUGACAUUUUCACGGUAGCACUGCCCUCUCUGGGAGAGGGGUCUUGUUUUCUAUAAAAACAAUAUUGUUCCUUCAAAACAAUAAAUGAAGCCAUGUUAAUUCUC